CAAUCAUAAUGAAAUUUUUUAAAGUGAGGUCUAGUUAGAACUACACAAUACGGACCGGUGUUUCAAAUCUGAGAUCAUUCGAGUUAGUUAAGUGGCUGUUCAGACACUAUAGAUAAUCCAGCGUUUUAUUGAGAGUUCCCGAUGACGUCAAAUGAUGAGGGGGUGCAUCUUGAUCUACUGGCUGGCAGGAAGGAUGGAGAGGAGGAGCUGCCCCGAAGGGAGGUGUGGUCAAACAAGGUAGAAUAUACCCUGGGAUUGAUCGGGUACACUGUAGGCCUAGGCAGUGUGUGGAGGUUCCCGUACUUGUGCAUGAGAAAUGGAGGAGGUGCAUUCCUCAUCCCAUUCUUCACAUUCACGCUGCUAUGUGGAUUCCCUCUAUAUUAUAUGGAGCUAUGCCUUGGCCAGUUUUCCGGGAAAAGUGCACUGGUUUCCUGGCCACUUUGUCCGCUUCUUGAGGGUAUCGGCUAUUCCAUGGUCUUGAUGACUAUGAUAUGUACAUGGUACUACGGACUGAUCGUGGCCUGGGUGCUAUUGUACUUGGGCUAUUCAUUCUACCCGACCCAGCCCUGGGCCAGCUGUAAUAAUGACUGGAAUACAGACGAAUGUGUGGUACUGAGGUCGGGGAUGCGGAUGUCCAACACCACUCUGUUGAACUCUUCUUACUCCUACAACAUAUCUGGGGAAAGUCGGGACUUUUACCCGACAGCAGCGACCGAGUUCUGGAGGUACAAGUUAUUACAGGCAUCAGCUGGAAUAGAAGACUGGGGGACACCGCAAUGGCACAUUAUUCUAGCGUUGUUCUUCUCAUACGCGUCAAUGUUCCUUUGCAUCGUAAAGGGAGUUAAUUCUGUCGGAAAGGUUGUUUACGUGACAGUGUCGACGCCGUUUAUUCUCCUCCUUGUCAUCCUAAUUCGGAGUCUGUGUCUAGAAGGUUCUUUAGACGGAGUACUGCUGUACUUAACACCAGAUUUUUCAAGACUGCUCCACAUUCAGGUAUGGUUGGAGGCGGCUUUACAAGUGUUCUAUUCUCUAGGACCAGCAUGGGGUGGAAUAAUCACCAUGGCCAGUUUCCACAAAUUCAAGGGCAACUGUCUAAGGGACGCCAUUAUUGCUGUAAGUGUGGAUACCUUCUCAAACUUUCUGUGUGGUCUCGUGGUUUUCUCAAUCCUGGGAUUUCUGGCUCGGGAAGCUAACGUAUCCAUAGAGCAGCUAGCGGAAUCCGGUCCCGGCCUAGUGUUCCUGGUAUAUCCCGAGGCUCUCACCCGCCUGCCUUUUCCACAACUGUGGGCUGUCAUAUUCUUCUUCAUGUUGUUUACUGUAGGACUCGAUAGUCAGUUUAGUAUGUUGGAAGAGGUUAUCAGUGGACUAACGGAUAAAUUCCCUAAAACCUUACGAAAUCACAAGAUGUAUGUCCUGUUAGCGGUGUUUCUACUCUUCUUCCUGACCAGCAUCAUGUUUUCAACACAGGCAGGGGUAUAUAUCUUCCAACUUGUAGACUGGUACUUGUCCACAUUUUGUCUUUUCAUGAUUGCAACCCUAGAAUGUAUCGUAAUUGGAUGGUUGUACGGAGCUGAGCGGUUCAGCAGAGAUGUAGAGAUGAUGACUGGAUCCCCAGUACCGGUGUUUAUACGGAUAUCCUGGUGUAUUGUUACUCCGUCAGUGAUGCUGGUUGCGUUGAUUGCUGUGUCGGUGAACUUCGACCGUCCUGUAUACAAAGGUUACAUAUACCCAGAAUAUAUCGGCAUCAUAGGGAUCUUGAUUGGCAUUGUCUCCAUCGUACCAACACCAUUCAUCUUCCUGAAGAGAAUGAUCUCCAAGCGAGGCACACUUAUACAGAGAUUCAGAGGCUCGAUUGUACCGUCUACAGACUGGGGCCCAAACGACGAACGUGCGCGUCAUACCUAUACUACAUACAAGUACAAACAAUCAUUUUGCCAUGCAUUCAAAGUCAACUUAACAGGCCGUCCUUCACAAAACGACAUUUAGUUUUAUCCGUUAAUCAUAGCGUAAACUACAGCCCAAUAACCUAAUAGUAGUUUAAAAGCAUUCCAAGGAAGUUCUGUCUGUAAUCAUGGAAUAUAUAAAUCAUUGUUUUAUUGGUAUCUCUUUUAUACGUAUAUGUCAAUGAAAUAGAACAAGUCCAUUUUGGUUUACUAUAUUUCAUAAUGACCUUUCACUUAGAAGAAUUACACUAGUCAAAUCAUAGAACGUGUGGUGACACCAAAAUAAAGUGACCGAUACAGUUGGGUUAUCUCAAACAUAAAACAAUCGUCGGGAGCAUCUGGAAUAAAAGAGCCGAUUGUGAGGCAAUAUUAUCUAGCGUUCACAAUAUAUAUCGCUGAUUUAAAACUUACAGUUUCUUAUUUUAAACCAUUAGUUUGAUACAUGUCAACUAAAAUGUAUUAAUCAUAAUCCAAUCAGAGAGCCUGAGGAUAGAAUGCUAUCAAAAUGACAAUUUAUGACAGGCAUCCCGGCUACAGAUACGACAGACAGUUUGGCUGGUGUAUUACAUGUAAAAAAGUAUAUUCGUUAAUAUAUAUAUUUUUUUAAAUACAUGGUCAUUAUGUUUGUGCAACGAACAUCUAACUUUAUCACCCUUGUGAUGAGUAUUUUUAACAUGUUACAGGUAAGAUGAUUAACAUUACAAUAUAGUUUACUAUUAUGCAAGGUAAGAAGCAAGCAUUAACACGAAAAACGAAUUAGAUUCCAAUGCUGUCAAUUGGUAUCAGUGCUGAAAUGUACGCUUGGGAAGUUUAUUGAAUGAUUGUUGAAAAUGUAUCAAAUAAAAUAAAAAUAUACAAACAUCUAACCAGCCAGCAUUGUACCAGUAAAAUCAUUUACCGUACAAAAUGAAGAAAGUAUAGCAUGCUGGUUGUGUCAUAUGAACACGCAUUACUGACUUUAUCGGUAGGAUUGGUGUUUCAUGUGAGGCACAUGUUAAGUUUGUUAUAGUCACCACAAAGUUCAUAGUUCACUGUCAGACUUCCAGUUUUCUCGUAUAUGUAAUAAAAUAACAUUAUAAUGGACGGUCAGAUUGAUAUUUGUAUAAGACUGUGUUAACGCUAUUUACAGACUGAAUUUACUACUUGUUCCCCACGACCCUGUUACAGGAUGUUUGGUGCACAUGUAAAGCUCUCUAUUCUUUCCGUUUCAUAAUUACAUGUUUAUCAAAGUGUGCAUCGUAAUACAUUUUCAGUAGCUUAGCAACUAUUUUAAAUCAUUGAAAUAUUUAAAGUAUUUGUGUAUAUUUUCUUUUUAACAUUUAAAGGAGUGAGCAAGAAAAUAAGGUAACACAUCCUCAGUAUUCUAUGUAAUUUGAAUUAAACUCGCAAAUUAAACGAUUCACAGAACAAUGUUAUCAUCCUUCUACUUCUAACAGGCUAUCGUCAUGACAAGUUUUCAUAAUCAUUAAAUGGCCAAGAUAGGGACUUGAUUUUAUAGUCAAUAACGUGAUAAGGUGACCGACCCAGAAAGCUGAUUGAUAUCAAAUUAAGUUAUAGUAAUUGAUUUACAUACAGAAAAUGUUCAGUUCGAAAUAAACAAACUACAAACUGAGCUGUAUGGUCCUAAGGAGAUAAGGACCUAUCAAAUAUAAUGUCAUUGCUGAAAUAUUAGUUUUCACAACUAAAAUACGUAACAUUGAAACAAAACUUUGUAAUAUUUUGCUGACAAAGACAAUAUAGGGUAUGAUUUGUUUAGCUAAUGUUACACCUGUAAAACACGAUGCAUGUCUAUAACGUUACCAUUGUAGUUGUGAGCAAAAACAAUGUACUAACCCUAUGUCAGCUGCGUGGUUAUGAAAC